GGCGGAGGCUGCGGCCCGGGCGGCGGCGGCGGGCCGGGCGGCCGGGAUGGGGGCGGCGGCGGCGGCGGCGGCGGCGGGGCAGCGGCUGCUGCUGCGGGAGGCGGGGGCCAGGGCCGGGGCCGGGGCGGCCGAGCGGGCGGAGCCGGCGCGGGGCCGCGGCGGGCUGUAGGCGGCGCCAUGGAGCGGCCCGGGAGCGGCGGCGCCGAGGGGGCCUGGGCCGCGCUGCUGGGCCGGCAGCACCAGCAGGCCCGGGAGUACUGCCCGGGGGUGAACAACCAGCCCUACGUGUGCGAGACGGGGCACUGCUGCGGGGAGACCGGCUGCUGCACCUACUACUACGAGCUGUGGUGGUUCUGGCUCCUCUGGACCAUCCUCAUCCUCUUCAGCUGCUGCUGUGCCUACCGGCACCGCCGGGCCAAGCUGCGCCUGCAGCAGCAGCAGCGGCAGCGGGAGAUCAACCUCAUCGCCUACCACGGUGCCUGCAACUACCCCGCCUCCAUGAUGGACCUCAGGAUGCUGGCUUCCUUCAAGCUGCCUGCCUACGAGGAGGUGGCCCACCGCCCCAGCACACCGCCGCCGCCGUACAGCGCCAUCCUGGCCCAGCUGAGCGGGCCCCGCAGCCGCCUGGGCUCCAGCAGCCUCACCCUCUCUCCCAGCUCAGAGAACUACACCAGCUGCUCCUGCGAGUCGAGCUGCGCCACAUCUCCCAGCAGCACCUCGCUCUCGGUGCAGGUGACGGACGAGACAGAGCGCAGCCAGGCCAGCACGCCCAGUGAGGAGGGCGGCACCAGCAGCACUGGCACCGGCGCCAGCUGGGAGCAGCCCGCUGAGGAAGCGCCAGCCCGCAGGGCCCCGCACAAGCACACCCUCUUCUCCUCCACCAUGGACUUCUUUGAGGCUGACUGUCACCCCUGCUCCGACAUCGAGGAGGGCGAGGAGGAGGAGGGCGGCACAGCUCGGGAGGAAGGUGGCAGCAGCGGCGAGCAUUUCCGGCACCGGCGCCUGACGGGGGACUCGGGCAUCGAGGUGGGGCGCUGCCAGGAGGAGGAGGAGGGUGAGGGUGAGGGCACCCACCUCCUGGGCAAGGCCAGCCCCACACCCUCGCCCCGGUGCGGGCUGCCGAGCCAGGGGAGCGGUGAGGGGCCCAGCUCGCCUGCCCUGCCUGUCUGAGCCUGUGCCCACCGGCCAAGCCCUGCCCUCCCCGCUGCCUGCUAGCUUGCCUGGCCCCGUCCUGCUGCCUGCUCCCCCUGCCCAUCCCUGGGGUGGGGGCAGGUGGCCGUGCCUCGGGCCCCACCCGCCAUCCCUGCCUGUUCUGCCUCCAGCCCUGCCUUGGAGUGGCCAGGGGGGUGCAGUGGGUGCGACCCCCCCCGCUCAGAGGGCACCUGCUGCGGGGCAGAGCAGGAUCAGCAGUGGUUCAGCCGGGGCUGCCCCCUCCCUUGUGCUCCCAGUGCUGCCUUGUGGCCCGGGCAUGGCCCCCUACUCCACAUGCCCACUGCCAGGGGCCUCAGGGCAGCGUCCCCGGGGCCUGGACUCUGGCUGCAGAGCCCCCGAGGCCCCUCACCCUGACUGACACCCCCCCACGCCCCGUUGUGUCCAGUACCUCAUGUGGUGUGGCUGGGCCCUGGGGCAGCCCUGCUCCCGCUGUGGUCCUGCCGGAGCCCCCUCCCCUCCGAACUUGCUUCCAGGGGCCGCAGCCACCAGGGUCCCGUGCCUGCCCCAGCCCAUCCCCCCCACCCUGUGCUGCUGGUGUCGCUGCCCGUGGGGGGGCCCCAUCUCUGCUGCGGGAUGGGCAGUUCACGUAGCGUUCUCUCACCAUUAAAGAGAUGUGGAAGUAUGGCA